CCCGGAGGCUUCGGCUCGGGAGGCACUGGAGGCAGGAGCGGCCGGAGGGCGACUUGCGGGGCGCGUCAGCCGCGGUGGAGCCGGGACGCUCCCCCCCGGGGACCCUCGGCCGACUCCGCUGCGCCGUCCUGCGGGAAUUGGCGGGACCCCCGGCCGCGGCGACCGCGGCACCAUGAGGCGGCCGUGGGGCGCGCUGCUGCUUGGCGCCCUGCUCUGCGCACACGGCCUGGCCAGCAGCCCCGAGUGUGCUUGUGGUCGCAGCCACUUUACAUGUGCAGUGAGUGCCCUCGGCGAGUGUACCUGCAUCCCCGCCCAGUGGCAGUGUGAUGGAGACAAUGACUGCGGGGACCACAGUGAUGAGGAUGGAUGUAUGCUGCCCACCUGCUCCCCUCUCGUCUUCCGCUGUGACAAUGGCAAGUGCAUCCGCCGCUCCUGGGUGUGCGACGGGGACAAUGACUGUGAGGACGAUUCGGACGAGCAGGAUUGUCCCCCCCGGGAGUGUGAGGAGGACGAGUUCCCCUGCCAGAACGGCUACUGCAUUCGGAGCCUAUGGCACUGCGAUGGCGACAAUGACUGUGGCGACAACAGCGAUGAGCAGUGUGACAUGCGCAAGUGCUCCGACAAGGAAUUCCGCUGCACUGAUGGAAGCUGCAUUGCUGAGCACUGGUACUGCGAUGGGGACACCGACUGCAAAGAUGGCUCUGAUGAGGAGAGCUGUCCCUCCGCAGUGCCAGCUCCCCCCUGCAGCCUGGAGGAGUUCCAGUGUGCCUACGGCCGCUGCAUCCUCGAUAUCUACCACUGUGAUGGUGAUGAUGACUGCGGAGACUGGUCGGACGAGUCUGACUGCUCUUCCCACCAGCCCUGCCGCUCAGGGGAGUUCAUGUGUGACAGCGGCCUAUGCAUCAACGCAGGCUGGCGCUGCGAUGGCGACGCGGACUGCGACGACCAGUCUGAUGAGCGUAACUGCACCACCUCGAUGUGUACAGCAGAACAGUUCCGCUGUCGGUCAGGCCGCUGCAUCCGCCUGUCCUGGCACUGUGAUGGGGAGGACGACUGUGCAGACAACAGCGAUGAAGAGAACUGUGAGAACACAGGAAGCCCUCAGUGUGCCUCAGACCAGUUCCUGUGUGGGAACGGGCGCUGCAUCGGGCAGAGGAAGCUGUGCAAUGGGAUCAAUGACUGUGGUGACAACAGUGAUGAAAGCCCACAGCAGAACUGCCGGCCCCGGAUGGGAGAGGAGAACUGCAAUGUUAACAACGGUGGCUGUGCCCAGAAAUGCCAGAUGGUGCGGGGCACAGUGCAGUGUACCUGCCAUACAGGCUACCGGCUCACAGAGGAUGGGCGCACAUGCCAGGAUGUGAAUGAAUGUGCUGAGGAGGGGUAUUGCAGCCAGGGCUGUACCAACAGCGAAGGGGCCUUCCAAUGCUGGUGUGAAGCAGGCUACGAGCUACGGCCUGACAGGCGCAGCUGCAAGGCUCUGGGGCCAGAGCCUGUGCUACUGUUCGCCAAUCGCAUCGACAUCCGGCAGGUGCUGCCGCACCGUUCUGAGUACACUCUACUGCUCAACAACCUGGAGAAUGCCAUUGCCCUUGAUUUCCAUCACCGGCGCGAACUUGUCUUCUGGUCAGAUGUCACCCUGGACCGGAUCCUCCGAGCCAACCUCAAUGGCAGCAGUGUGGAGGAAGUUGUGUCUACGGGGCUAGAGAGCCCAGGGGGCUUGGCUGUAGACUGGGUCCAUGACAAACUCUACUGGACUGACUCAGGGACGUCAAGGAUUGAGGUGGCCAACCUGGAUGGAGCCCACCGGAAGGUGCUGCUGUGGCAGAACCUCGAGAAGCCCCGGGCCAUUGCCUUGCACCCCAUGGAGGGGACCAUCUACUGGACAGACUGGGGCAACACGCCCCGCAUUGAGGCCUCCUGCAUGGAUGGCUCCGGACGCCGCAUCAUCGCCGACACCCAUCUCUUCUGGCCCAAUGGCCUCACCAUCGACUACGCUGGGCACCGCAUGUACUGGGUGGACGCUAAGCACCAUGUCAUCGAGCGGGCCAAUCUGGACGGGAGUCAUCGCAAGGCUGUCAUUAGCCAGGGUCUCCCACACCCCUUUGCCAUCACGGUAUUUGAAGACAGCCUGUACUGGACAGACUGGCACACCAAGAGCAUCAACAGUGCUAACAAAUUUACUGGCAAGAAUCAGGAAAUCAUUCGGAACAAACUCCACUUCCCCAUGGACAUCCACACCUUGCACCCCCAGCGCCAGCCUGCAGGAAAAAACCGCUGUGGAGACAACAACGGAGGCUGCACCCACCUGUGUCUGCCCAAUGGCCAGAACUACACCUGCGCCUGCCCCACUGGCUUCCGCAAAAUCAGCAGCCAUGCCUGUGCCCAAAGUCUUGACAAGUUCCUGCUUUUUGCCCGAAGGAUGGACAUCCGUCGGAUCAGCUUCGACACAGAGGACCUGUCCGACGACGUCAUCCCACUGGCUGACGUGCGCAGUGCUGUGGCCCUGGACUGGGACUCCCGGGAUGACCACGUGUACUGGACAGAUGUCAGCACUGACACCAUCAGUCGGGCCAAGUGGGAUGGAACAGGACAGGAGGUGGUAGUGGAUACCAGUUUGGAGAGCCCUGCAGGCCUGGCUAUUGAUUGGGUCACCAACAAGCUGUACUGGACAGAUGCAGGUACUGACCGGAUUGAGGUGGCCAACACAGAUGGUAGCAUGAGGACAGUACUCAUCUGGGAGAACCUCGAUCGUCCCCGGGACAUAGUGGUGGAACCCAUGGGCGGGUACAUGUAUUGGACUGACUGGGGUGCAAGCCCCAAGAUAGAACGAGCCGGCAUGGAUGCCUCUGGCCGCCAGGUCAUCAUCUCUUCUAAUCUGACCUGGCCAAAUGGAUUGGCCAUUGACUAUGGGUCCCAGCAGCUGUACUGGGCUGAUGCUGGCAUGAAGACAAUCGAAUUUGCUGGGCUGGAUGGCAGCAAGAGGAAGGUGCUGAUUGGAAGCCAGCUCCCCCACCCAUUUGGUCUGACCCUUUAUGGAGAGCGCAUCUAUUGGACUGACUGGCAGACCAAGAGUAUUCAGAGUGCUGAUCGGCUUACGGGGCUUGACCGGGAAACCCUGCAGGAGAACCUAGAGAACCUCAUGGACAUCCAUGUCUUCCACCGCCGGCGGCCCCCAGUGUCCACACCAUGUGCUCUGGAGAAUGGUGGCUGUAGCCACCUGUGUCUUCGUUCCCCAAAUCCCAGUGGCUUUAGCUGCACCUGCCCCACGGGCAUCAACUUGCUGCCUGAUAGCAAGACCUGUUCACCAGGCAUGAACAGUUUCCUCAUCUUCGCCAGGAGAAUAGAUGUCCGCAUGGUCUCCCUGGACAUCCCUUAUUUUGCCGAUGUGGUGGUGCCAAUCAAUGUCACCAUGAAGAACACCAUUGCCAUUGGGGUGGAUCCCCAGGAAGGAAAAGUGUACUGGACUGAUAGCACACUACACAGGAUCAGCCGCGCCAACCUGGAUGGCUCACAGCAUGAGGACAUCAUCACUACAGGGCUACAAACCACAGACGGGCUUGCGGUGGAUGCCAUUGGCCGGAAAGUGUACUGGACAGACACCGGAACCAAUCGGAUUGAAGUGGGCAACCUGGAUGGGUCCAUGCGGAAAGUGUUGGUGUGGCAGAACCUUGACAGCCCCCGGGCCAUUGUCCUGUACCACGAGAUGGGGUACAUGUACUGGACAGACUGGGGGGAGAAUGCCAAGUUAGAGCGGUCUGGAAUGGAUGGAUCAGACCGCACCGUGCUCAUCAACAACAACCUGGGAUGGCCCAAUGGACUGACUGUGGACAAGGCCAGCUCCCAACUGCUAUGGGCUGAUGCCCACACCGAGCGAAUUGAGACUGCUGACCUGAAUGGUGCCAGUCGGCACACACUGGUGUCACCUGUGCAGCACCCAUACGGCCUCACCCUGCUUGACUCCUAUAUCUACUGGACAGACUGGCAGACCCGUAGCAUCCACCGUGCCGACAAGGGUACCGGCAGCAAUGUCAUCCUGGUGAGGUCCAACCUGCCAGGCCUCAUGGACAUCCAGGCUGUGAACCGGGCACAGCCACUGGGUGUUAACAAGUGCGGCUCAAGAAAUGGUGGCUGCUCCCACCUCUGCUUGCCUCGGCCUUCUGGCUUCUCCUGUGCCUGCCCCACUGGCAUCCAGCUAAAGGGAGAUGGGAAGACCUGUGAUCCCUCUCCUGAGACCUACCUGCUCUUCUCCAGCCGCGGCUCUAUCCGGCGUAUCUCCCUGGACACCAGCGACCACACAGAUGUGCAUGUGCCUGUUCCUGAGCUCAACAAUGUCAUCUCCCUGGACUAUGACAGUGUGGACGGGAAAGUCUAUUACACAGAUGUGUUCCUGGAUGUUAUCAGGCGAGCAGAUCUGAACGGCAGCAACAUGGAGACAGUGAUCGGGCGUGGGCUGAAGACCACUGAUGGGCUGGCAGUGGACUGGGUGGCCAGGAACCUGUAUUGGACAGAUACAGGCCGAAAUACUAUUGAGGCAUCAAGGCUGGAUGGUUCCUGCCGCAGAGUGCUAAUCAACAACAGCCUGGAUGAGCCCCGAGCCAUUGCUGUUUUCCCCAGAAAGGGGUACCUCUUCUGGACAGACUGGGGCCACAUUGCCAAGAUUGAGCGAGCAAACCUGGAUGGUUCUGAACGAAAGGUCCUCAUCAACACAGACCUGGGUUGGCCCAAUGGCCUUACCUUGGAUUACGACACCCGCAGGAUCUACUGGGUAGAUGCACACCUGGACCGGAUCGAGAGUGCUGACCUCAAUGGGAAGCUUCGGCAGGUCCUGGUCAGCCAUGUGUCUCACCCCUUUGCCCUCACACAGCAGGACAGGUGGAUCUACUGGACAGACUGGCAGACCAAAUCAAUCCAGCGUGUGGACAAGUAUUCCGGCCGGAACAAGGAGACGGUAUUGGCAAAUGUGGAAGGGCUCAUGGAUAUCAUCGUGGUUUCCCCUCAACGGCAGACAGGGACCAAUGCCUGUGGUGUGAACAACGGUGGCUGUACCCACCUCUGCUUUGCCAGAGCCUUGGACUUUGUGUGUGCCUGUCCUGAUGAGCCCGAUGGCCGGCCCUGCUCCCUUGUUCCUGGCCUGGUCCCCCCAGCUCCCAGGGCUACCAGCAUGAGUGAAAAGAGCCCAGUGCUACCCAACACACUACUUACCACCUUGCAUUCUUCUACCACCCGGACCCGCACAUCCCUGGAGGAGGUAGAAGGAAGAUGCUCUGAAAAGGACGCUCAGCUGGGCCUCUGUGCACAUUCCAAUGAGGCCAUACCUGCUGCUCCAGGGGAAGGACUUCAUGUCAGCUAUAUCAUCGGAGGACUCCUCAGCAUUCUGUUGAUUCUGUUGGUGAUUGCAGCUUUGGUGCUAUACAGACACAAAAAAUCCAAGUUCACUGAUCCUGGAAUGGGGAAUCUGACCUACAGCAACCCCUCCUACCGAACUUCCACUCAGGAGGUGAAAAUAGAAGCAAUCCCCAAACCAGCCAUGUAUAAUCAACUAUGCUAUAAAAAAGAGGGUGGGCCUGACCACAACUACACCAAGGAGAAGAUCAAGGUUGUAGAGGGAAUCUCCCUCCUGUCUGGGGAUGAUGCUGAGUGGGAUGACCUCAAGCAACUGCGCAGCUCACGGGGGGGCCUUCUCCGGGAUCACGUGUGCAUGAAGACAGACACAGUAUCCAUCCAGGCCAGCUCUGGCUCCCUGGAUGACACGGAGACAGAGCAGCUGUUGCAGGAAGAGCAAUCCGAGUGUAGCAGUGUCCACACUGCAGCCACUCCAGAAAGACGGGGAUCUCUGCCAGACACAGGCUGGAAACAUGAACGCAAGCUCUCCUCAGAGAGCCAGGUCUAAAUGCCCAUGUUUCCUUCCCUCCCUGCCUGUGUUUUCUCCUUUAUGGACUUCCAGUCCUUGUGCUCACUUAUACAACAGGCUUCCUUCCUAUGUGCUCGUCCUCCUCCUCCUCCCACCCCAUAACUGUUUGUAAGCCCUCCAUGAGAGCUCUUGCCACCUGAAUCCAUAACCACCUGUGCAGAAGAAAUGAUGGUAUCACCUGAGAAUUUAGAUCUGGAUUUUACCACAAACCUCACCUCUUGCACUUCAUUCUGGGCCCCCUGAAAUUGGGCUCAGUAAGGACCCCGAUCAUUUCAGAGCCACACCUCCCCCUACCCCGGUGUCCUCGAUGCCUGCCCCCCAAGAUUGGAUGAUCCAAAACUGUACUCUCCCCCAUCAGAGCUGGCCUGACUGCUUCUCUGAGAGAACUUGCCCUCCAGGGCCUGGGGCAGGGGGUCAUAGGUAAAGAGACGGAUAAAGGACAGAGGCUGAGAGAAGGAAGGAAGAGUCAGCCCAGCUGGUAUGGGCAUCUGGAAAACCUCCAGCCUCAAGUGUGUUUGUAAUAUGAAAAAGCUUUUGGGGGCAGUUGGGCCUGGGUGUCCAUUGCUGGCAGCGGAUGUUACUCUUGCCCUAAGAGUUGCUGUUUUUUCAACUGCAGAGAUGCUGGUAAGAUCUGGGUGUGGUUCAAAUUGUUCUUUCAAUUUGAAUGUCUGGGGACUCUUCUACCUUCAGAUGACUGGAGACCCCUAUUACGUAGCUACUGACUAAUAUGAAUUCCCUUCUGGUGCCACUACUUGCCAGUAUCUUUCCUAAGUCUUUUACUCUAAUUAACCAGGUUGGGGACUAGUGGUUUGAAUACAUGUUGGGAUCUAGGGGCUGAGUCUCUGCAAUGUCUGUUUAAGAAGCUCUGUCUAGACCAAGUAUUGCAUACCACCUGAAGUUUAGUGUUCUACCCCUCUCUGCCUCAUUCUCUGGGAUGCUGAGGGAAGAGAUUCUGAAACAACUGUUCAGCAAAGGACCAGAAGUUUCUAUAAAUGUUCAGGAAAAGCCAUUGGGUGACUAGAGACUUGGGGCAUGUAAAUGGAAGUUUUAUCCAUGAUGUUGAACCUCCUGUGUUCUCUCACAUGAGCCAGGAUCUAAGUCAGUGGGCAGAGAGUCUGUGGCUAUGGGGUGGUGAAGUUUCUAUUCCACCUUUCUCUUCUCAGCUAAGUGACUUACUUUCUCUGCUGAGAUGCCAUCACUUGGUCCAUGUUCAUUCACACAAAGGGCAUAUACAUCUCAGGCUAGUAUCAAGCAGAGUUGAGACCUUUCUGUCUUUAAAUUUCUACUUAGCUCUUCUUCACUUUGUUGCCUAAUUUUCUUUUUUCUGACCUAGCCUUUUGGCACCAGCAGUCUUCAGAGUCCUGUGGUGAGGAGGGCUCAACAGAUGCAAAGGAGUGGGUGAGAAGGACGAUGGGGAUGAAGGCCAGGGGCAGGCCGGGGCUUCUUCCACUUAGGAAUUAGAGGCCGCAGGAGAGGAUGAUAGGGGCUGAGAAGCAGAGGGGAAGGAUUUUAGGGGAAGUUUCCUAAAUUGAAACAUUUCCCAUGGUUAUUGAUAUGAAGAAAACAGAUGCCAAGCAUGAGUGAAAAAGGAGGACAAGAUGAAACUUUAUUUGGUCAGUUCUAAGAUUGCUAAAGACAGAUGCUAAACCCUGCCCUCGGCAGUCAGCCCCAGGUCUGGGCUUCCACAUUACAGACAGGCCAGGCCAAGGCUUUCCAGUGCACAUAGUGGGGAAGUUGAGGGGCCACUUCCGGGAGGAAAGGGGGACAUUUCACACUUGAUGGGGCAGGAAAAGAAGGAGCACUUGGGGUCUUCAGCCUCACAGUUGGGGAGGAGGAGAAAGUAGAAAAGUGGUAUUUUCUUGACUGGAAAAGGGGAAGGAUCUUAUUGCACUUGGGCUGUUCAGAAUGUAGAAAGGACAUAUUUGAGGAAUUAUCUAUUUGAGCACUGAUUGAUUUACUAUGUAAAAAGCAAAAUCUCUUUGUCCUAAGCUAAUGGAAGUGAUUCUCCCAUGCUCAUGUGUAAUGGUUUUAACGUUACUCACUGGAGAGAUUGGACUUUCUUGAGUUAUUUAACCACUAUGUUCAGUAUUUUAGAACUUUAUGAUAAUUUAAUAUAAAUUUAGCUUUUCUUAAUCACCUUGCUUGGCUUGGAGUCAUGACUAAUGCCACACCUGCUCUGUCUGGCAGACCCGUGUGUGGGAAACCUGCCUGCAGGCAUCACCUCCGAGUCCUCUGGGGAUGUGGGGAUGGUGAAGAGCAACAAGGAGUGUGAGAUUCCUGGCUGGAAAUUCAGCUCAUCUUGAGAAGACAGGUCAAGACCAGAAUUCAUGAAAGCCUUAUUUCCUCUGGAGGAGGAGGGAUGGCAGGUUUUAUCUUGGGUGCCAGCUCUAACGGGUUGGUAGUGGCUGCCUGAGGUCCUGUCCAGACUCAAUGGGAAGUGUCAUGAUCAUUAGUGAUAUCUCCCUCGGGCUCCAGAAGGAAGAGUGAAGGCAUGUGUACCGUGAUCAUCUAUCUCUUCUAGGCCUAUGAGAACUUGAGUGUUACAGAAUUUGAUUUUGCCUUGCACACUGACAAGACUGUUUGAUGUAGUAAGAAAGAAGAGUACUAGAAUGGGGACAAGAAGGGCUAAUUCCAGCCUUAGCUCUGCCACUUAUUCUAGUUGACUUCAGUCAAGUUUCAUGGUUAGUCUGAGAUUAGGUCAAAGGAACACGAAGAUUCCUUUUGUUUUCAAAAAGGUGUCUUCUCAUUUCUCAUCCACUACAUAUCAGGGCUGCAACAAGGAGUAAAGGAUCCCUUCUCAGAUUCUCUGAAUGUAAUUACCCCUCAGUGAAGGCUAGGAAUUAUGUUAGUCUUGAUGCCAGAUGUAGAAUUUGGUGUCAAGGCUCAGUAGUUGAUUUUCUAAAUCACAACCCAUGUAUAGAAUAAUGCUCCCAUUCAUUCAUUCAUCUCCUACUAUGGGCUGGGCAUUGCCCAAGAGUGAACAAGAAAGACAGUCUCACAGAGUUUAGAGUCUAGCAAUACCCUGCCCCCCACCCACCAAAAAAAAAAAAAAAAAAAGAAAAGAAAAGAAAGAAAGAAAGACUCUUGCAUUUCAGUGACAAGAGAUCUGAGUAUAAACUACAGUGUGUAUUCUUCCAACUUUGACAAGGGGGUAAAGGUGCGAAGACAAAAGUAAGUGAAAUAGAUCAAGGACAACUCUCACCUCCACCCCACCAUUCUCUUUUGGAAAAAACAACAACAACAACAAAAAAAAACAGAGAAAAGGAGGACAUUUUAAGCAGUACAACCCGCCUAAAGCACAAGCCUAUAUACUUAUAGGUAGCA